UAGAUUCUGAAUAUUCAUUGAAUUUGAGCUACCUGUUAAGCAACAGGCCAACAGAAUUACAGCACACUAGAGAAAUAGCCUGCCAAGUCAUAGACUGAGAACAUCCAAUCAGAAAAAAGUAAGAGUGCAUAGUAGUACUGACCUCUUCAAUGUAAUGUGAAUCCUGACUAUAAAAGCAUGAUUGGGUGAACCCUUUUGUUUGCAACUUAAAUCAAAUAUCUUUCACAGAUAUUCACCACAAAAGAGAAGCAAAAAUAAGAGUGAUGGCAUCCACGAAUGGAGUAAAUGAGUUUGAAACAAGAAAGUUUGCUCUUCCAGUGGAUGCAGAGCACAAGGCCACAGUGUUUUCAGUGUUUUCUGUGAAAAAGCCUCAUAUGCGAGCCUUUCAUUUAUGCUGGAUACAAUUCUUUUCCUGUUUUCUGUCCACUUUUGCCGCCCCACCUCUUCUGCCUAUCAUCCGUGAUAACCUUAACCUCACACAAAUCGACAUUGGUAAUGCAGGAGUCGGAUCAGUUUCAGGGGCCAUCUUUGCUCGUGUUGUCAUGGGUACCGCCUGUGACUUAGUUGGUCCACGACUCGCAUCUGCAACCCUCACCCUACUCACUGCACCAGCAGUUUACUUAUCUGCUGUAGCAACCACAGCACCACAUUUUUUUGUUAUGCGGUUUUUCACUGGUUUUGCUUUAGCCACUUUUGUCUCAACCCAGUACUGGAUGAGCUCCAUGUUCUCUCCAGCAGUAGUUGGCUUAGCCAAUGGGCAAUCAGCUGGGUGGGGAAACCUCGGGGGAGGCGUAGCCCAGCUCGUCAUGCCCCUAGUCUAUAAUGCUAUCCGUAAAUCGGGUUCAACCAACUUCUCAGCCUGGAGAAUUGCCUUCUUCAUCCCUGGUCUAUUCCAGAUGUUUUCAGCAUUUGCAGUUAUGCUUUUUGGCCAAGAUUUGCCAGAUGGUAACUUUCACCAGCUGCAGAAGUCCGGUGAAAUGCACAAAGAUAACGCGUCCAAGGUUUUAUAUCAUGGAGUUACCAAUUAUAGGAGCUGGAUAACUGCUCUAGGCUACGGAUUCUGUUUCGGGGUUGAGCUAGCUGUGAAUAAUAUCGUUGCUUACUACUUCUAUGACCGAUUUAAUCUAAACCUCAACCUUGCAGGAAUUGUUGGUGCCACUUUUGGGCUGGUGAAUAUUUUCUCCAGGCCUAUAGGUGGAGGGUUGUCAGAUUUCAUGGCGAAGAAGUAUGGAAUGAGGGGAAGAUUGUGGGGUUGGUGGAUUGUCCAAACACUAAGUGGUGUAAUGUGCAUCGCUAUGGGUCUGCUUGAUACUUUAAGCGCAACUAUUGCAGUGAUGAUUAUCUUUUCUAUCUUUGUUCAAGCAGCCGAAGGACUUACAUUCGGGGUUGUUCCCUUUGUCUCCAGAAGAUCGAUGGGCGUAGUUUCUGGCAUGACUGGUGCUGGAGGAAAUGUGGGUGCAGUCAUAACUCAAGUGAUUUUCUUCAGAGGAUCUCAAUUCACAACUGAAAGGGGAAUAACAUACAUGGGUGUUAUGAUUAUAGGAUGCACCCUUGGCAUAACUAGCAUAUACUUCCCACAAUGGGGAGGUAUGUUUUCCGGUCCUAAAGCAAAUGUUACAGAAGAAGACUACUACCUACGGGAAUGGGACUCUAAGGAGCAGGAGCUAGGCCUUCAUAAGAUGAGCAUGAAAUUUGCAGAAGGCAGUAGGAAUGAACGAAGCACAAAAGCAAAGUCUGAUCCAGAAGAAGACAGCAAAACAGAUGAUGUUUAGAUGCUUCGAAAUUUGUCAUAUGUAGUCGUAAAUCUACCUUUAAUGUAUUUUUCCGUCCCCUUGUUUUCUGUUUUGUAAUGCAUACUUAAUUCACUUGUCCAAAAUGUUUAUGUGAAGGAAAAAAGUUCAUACA